AUGCGAGCUCGUGCCCUUUCGGCCGCCGGGCUGACCAUCAGGCGGACGCCUUCGACCUCCGUGUGCUCACAGUGCCUUCGCGAUGACCUCCUCUUGACCCAGACACUCAUUCAAUCUCGCAAAUUCCACCCUACUCGCCGAAGAGAUGUGUCCCCGUUCGGUGCCGCGGCCACGGCUGCCCAGGCCAUCUUCAAGGGCAUGCCGAAAGCACCUCCGGGUAUUUCAGUCGAUCCACUGCGAAUCGUUGGCAAAGAACUGAAGUUCUUGACUAAAAACAUUCGUCAAUUGCUGGGAUCGGGCCACCCGGCACUGGAUAAGGUGGCCAAGUAUUAUACCCGUAGCGAGGGCAAACACAUGCGGCCAUUGCUGGUUCUCCUCAUGUCCCAGGCGACAGCUCUCGACCCGCGCAAACACACGUCCGACUCUCCAAACCCACGUUCGGUCGACAGCUCGUUCAGCUCGCUAUCCAUCCUCGAUGACGCAAACCCAGACUCAAAUCCGCUCGUAGCCCCGUCCGCCGAGAGCCAGUACGACUUUGCCGGUGACGAUAAUAUCCUGCCGGCCCAGCGCCGGCUGGCUGAGAUUACAGAACUUAUCCACACUGCGUCCCUGCUCCAUGACGAUGUCAUCGAUAACGCAGUGACCCGCCGCGCCAACAGCUCGGCGAACCUGGCCUUUGGAAACAAGAUGGCGGUGCUGGCUGGCGAUUUCCUCCUGGGCCGGGCGUCUGUCGCACUGGCCCGGCUACGCGACCCGGAAGUAACUGAGCUGAUGGCGACUGUCAUCGCCAACCUGGUGGAAGGCGAAUUUAUGCAGCUGAAGAACACCGCCCAGGACGAGGCGAAGCCCAUUUACACGGACGAGACUUUGGACUACUACCUGCAGAAGACCUACCUGAAGACGGCCAGUCUGAUCAGUAAGUCCUGCCGCUCUGCCGCCGUUCUGGGUCGGAGCGCCCCUGAGGUUAUCGAGGCUGCUUAUGCCUAUGGCCGCAACCUGGGCCUUGCUUUCCAGCUGGUGGAUGAUAUGUUGGACUAUACUCUUACGGAGGCUGAGCUGGGCAAGCCGGCCGGAGCCGAUUUGGAGCUGGGCCUGGCCACUGCUCCGCUUUUGUUCGCGUGGAAAAGCAACCCUGAGCUCGGUCCUUUGGUUGGCCGCAAGUUCCGCAAUGAGGGCGACGUGCAGCGGGCCCGUGAGAUUGUCUACCACAGCAACGGUGUCGAGCAGACCCGUGUCCUGGCCCAGGACUAUGCCGACACGGCCGUAGCCGCCAUUAGUGACUUCCCCGACAGCGAAGCCAAGUCCGGGCUGAUCGAGAUGGCCGAGAAGACGAUGAAGCGGAGGAAAUAA